AUCAAAUCUAACAUAAACAAGCGGACUUUGUAUUUUAUUUCAUUCUUAAAUUUUCUUUCGAGUUUCUAAAAGUGAAAAUUGUAUAAUUGUGUUAGUUGUUGUGCAUAUUAAUUGCGGAAUGCAGAAAAAACCGACCCGUCGGGAUUGCUUCAUCCCGGGAUGUUCAUCGCAAAUGGGACAAGUGGUGUUUAUGAGUGCAUACAAAUCGGAUGGCUUGCAGCGCUGGUGGAGUCAAACGGCUUGGGCACAAAAACGCAAAAAUAAACAGAUCCCCAAAAAUUCGCGUGUGUGCGAAAAGCACUUCGAGGAAAAGUACAUUGAUCGUAGCUACAAAAUGCCUCGUUUGUUUACGGAGGCCUGGCCCACGAUGCAUGUCAAUUUGCCGAACCCAGUCGAACUGAUAGGCAGAUAUAAUACCGAGAAGAGCAAUAGCGUUAGGGCGGAAGUAAAUCCUCGAAUCUACUGUAGACUGUGUGGCAAAAAAGACAAACGUCCGUUGGAGAAUCAGUUGGAUCAGCUAAAGGAUGGCGAGGCGUUUUUAAAAUUCUGUCUUGGACAAUAUUACUCAAAGGAUCAUUUUCCACAAGGGAUUUGCGAAAAUUGCAUGGAAACGGCAGAAUAUGUUCUGAAUUUUGUUAAACAGUGUGAACAAACACAACGCCGACUAGAUGGGAUUUUUGUUGCAAAAGAAUUCCUGAAAACUGAACCCUCUUACGAGUUUCUAGAGGACAUGAAACAAGAGAAUGACGAUGGUUCGGAUUAUGUUGAUCAGCCCGGCAGUCCAGAAGUGCUCGAUGUGAAACAAGAAAGACCAAUUCCUGAUGACGUAUCGGAAGAUGAAGACUUCGUCGUGUUGGAAGAUGACCGAGUGAGCUCGGAUUCGCAACAGUAUGAUGAGUGCAAACCCAAUGUGACUCUCUCAGAUUCUUUAACGAUUGAACCGCAAUCUUCUCACGCAAAGGUAACCUAUGAGAGUGAUAUGGGAAGUGAUUCCGAUGAUGAACCUGUGCAAAAACGCCACUAUAGAAAGAAGCCUGGUCAGAAGCCUAAAAAGAAUGCAGAAUACGGGAAUACAACAUCGGAGAUUGUAGAUGAUUUUCCAGUGUCAGACCAGGAAAGCGAAUCGGAAAAACCCACGCCCCAACUUAAAUCGAAGCGGGUAAAAUCAACAUCCGGGGCUGGUGAAACCAGUAGAAUCUGCCCCAUUUGUGGUAAGAUCCUUGUGCACAAGGGUAAUUUCACUUCUCAUCUUAAAAUACAUAGCGAUAAAAAAGAUUAUGUGUGCAACAUUUGCGGAAAACAGUAUUAUAUUCGGCGAGAGCUACAGAUGCAUAUCGAGUCGUUGCAUGAGAAGAAAACGUUUGUCUGUAACAUCUGUGGAAUCAAAUGCGCCUGGCGGAAAGGACUUCAGAGACACAUGAAAAACAAACAUUCUGAUGAAAGUUCACUCAAACAUAAAUGCACGUACUGUGGAAAGGCGUUCCUUCUGCCGAAUCAGCUGAGACUACACGUUAUGAAACAUACUGGAGACAGAAUUACCUGCGAAAUUUGCGGAGCUGGCUAUAGAUUCAAUUAUAUGCUAACCCAACACAAAAUGCGUGAACAUGGUAUGGAGUUCAAGGGCGUCAAACUGUACAAAACGAGCAGCCGUUCACGCAAAACGGCCCAAUCAAAAUUAGCCUCAGAAGUCGGCUCUGCUGUUGCUACUAUUGUUUCUGAAACGCAAACUGCUUCAGCACCUUCCAGUUCAGCGGUCCAGACGGUGGACACGAAUCACGAUUCCUUGUUGUCGUCGUCAGAAUCAUCUCAAUCGCAACAUAUACAGCAACAGCAGCAGCCAGUACUACAUCACCAGCAGUUGCAGCAGUAUCAUCACGUUACAACAGCGCAAUUAGAUCGAGUUCACUAUCCGGCUGGGUUUAUCUAUUCCGCCGGUGGAAGUACUGCGAUGAUGCUUCCCCCGGGCAGUUACAACGCAAUCUCGAUUUGUUUCCCGUCCAGCUGUUGCAGGGAAAUCAUAACGAUUGUAUUAAUAGCAUUGGUUUGUUGUUUGGAAACCGUGUUCUGUCGAAGCAAUAAAGCAAUGAUUCUCAGUAAAAUAUGCCGUUUGUGCUUAUCGGAAAAGUCGCGGAUUAAAUCCAUCUUUAGGAAUUACAAACGUGAACAAUUGCUCAAUUUCAUCACCGAAGUUAUUCGGCUGGAUGUUAGUGAAGGAGAUGGCCUUCCGGCCAACAUCUGCACACCAUGUGCUAACGCGUUGAUACGCAUGAAGGAAACUAUAAGGGUUUUCCGAGAAAAUGAGCGCAAACUGCGGGAUAAAGUUCUAGUAGCCGAAGAAUGCAAUCUGGGAUUACCAGAGAGCACGAAAUCGGUUGAAACCAGGGAUACGGAUGAUACUAGCGUAAAUUUACACGACUUGCUGAAGGAAGAUAUCGUACUUUCGUUUCCCAAUUUGAAUACUGCUGAAGAUGCAAACGAAAGUUCACUGGAGAGCUUAGAAUCGUUGGAUGCUAAACAUUUAGUUGCCAUAGAUGCAUUCGAGGAGCUGAAAUCUACCACUGACAAGGAUCAUGAUUCCGUUGAACCGGAAAGUGAUUUAGACUAUGAACCUGAUAAACCCCGAUCAAAAUGUAAGCUGAAAGGUAUCCGCAGGAGCAGGACAAAUGCAAUCAAUAAAGGAAAAGGUAAACGAAAAUCUCGGCCCUCCGGGGACGAACAGAAUCGACCUAAAGUGAACGAUCAUAAGUGCUACAUCUGUCGUAGUGAAUCGAUGGGAUCGGCCAAAGCGCUACUGGAGCAUUUGACCACUCAUUUAGAUCGUACGCCGUACACUUGCACGGAAUGUAAAAUGGUCACAGUCGUACUGAAAAGCGUUCGAUCGUUGAAUGUCCAUAUGAAGAUGCAUGCCCAGCCGAUGAAAUGUGAAUACUGCGAUAGGCGAUAUUGCGAUGACCGGGCCCGUGAUUUUCACGUUAAAACGUACCAUUUGGGUGAAAGCGCUCCCUGUCCGUCAACGUGCGAUCAGUGCGGGAAAGUAUGCAAAUCGAUAGCCGCCCUCAAGAGCCACGUGAGAGAUCAUCGGUUGAGUCUUGAGUGUGACUAUUGCGGUAAAAUUUUCCAUAGACGCAACAAAUUGAGAGAACACGUAACUCGGGUGCACGAGAAAGCCGAGAAGUACGAAUGUAGUAUGUGUCAUCGGGUAGUGCAUUCCUUGGAAAGCUAUAACUCGCAUCUUAAAAUGCACAUGAGUGAGAAAACCUAUGAGUGUGAUUUAUGUCCUAUGAAAUUUUACACGGCCGGAAAUUUAGGUUUACAUAAAAAGAUUCAUUCCGGGAACGCAAACUAUAAACCUCAUAAGGAUUGGAGCGGACACUACACGGUUACUCAACAGCCGGGCCAGGACAGAGUGUACACGUGCAAACUGUGCGGCAAGUCGUACACGAAGACAGUGAUGAAGAUAAACAAUCAUCUUAAGAACCACUUCAAAGAUAUUAAAUGCGACCGGUGCGAGUUGAAAUUCGUGAACGAAUCUCAACUGAAAACUCACUACGUAGUGCACACCGGCAUCCGGCAGUACAAAUGCGAUUUUUGCGGGAAAGAUUUUCUACACAAAAACAACCUCACCCAACAUUUGAAACUGCAUCGGAACGAACAAAACUAUGCGUGUGAGUUUUGCGGGAAACUGUUCACGUACAAGGAAGGUAUGAAGGCUCACAUCCGGAAUCAUCAUCUGCGAGAGAGUCCGUAUGAGUGCACUUGCUGUCGUAGGAAGUUUGUGGAUAACGCUUCCCUCACCCGGCACAUAGCCGCCGAACAUGAAGAGCCACCAAAGCAGGUUUUUUUAGAACCGCCACCCAUGAUGGGAACCGUACCGUCUCAGGUAGCACCGUUCGAUUACUCCGAAAUAACGUUUCCGUUUAUUUAGGUUAGUUAUUAGUCAAGGUGUGUGCAAU